AUGCAAGCCGACAGGCUGGUACAUCUCCGGCCAGGCAUCAAGACUCACGAGUGCCGACGACAACAUGCCCGCUGGGGUGCGCAUCAAUCUGCAGUUGGUCAAGAGGCCGGACAAAGCGGGAUGAUUGACACUGGACCACAAGUCUCACCUUCAGACCGGACAAGUCGGCUACCCUCAGACCCUUUCAUCAGCCAAUCCGGCCAGCCGGCAGACUGGCUUGGUCAUUUUGUGGUACCGUCCGCAGACCGGCCUCUAGCCCCUCCCUUGCAAUCUACCGCCGCGCCGAAGACUGGCUUGGGCAACUGUAGUCACGGCAACGCUUCGUUUUGGUAUGAUAGAGCAGUGAACCGUUUCAUUGUUCCACCGCCCCGACGGCGAGGACAGUGA